CAAAAAGAAAGAGAAAAAACCCACAUCUAUAUUACAGAAUCGCACAACACAACUCCAACCGCACUCAAUCGAUCAAUCAAUAGCCAAAUACACCACAACCGUACAUACAUACACAUAUACAAUACACCAUGUCGGGUCAGUCUGCUACUGACCCAGCAGCCCAGCGAGGAGGAGGAAGAGAAAGUGGUAGUAGUAGACGUCCGGGAUUCAGGCGUGUUCCCCCCCCCUCCCUGGCUUCCCAUCCUGACAAACAGGACGCAGACCACAUCGGCGGCCACAUAAAGUCUUCCCGCCACGUACCUUCCGAAAGCCUAGACUACACCGCGGCAGAGCUGGCCCGGCAACUGAAGGACGCGGAGAAGGUGGUUUUUCACUGCGCAUUGUCCCAGCAGCGUGGGCCCAGCGCUGCGUUGAAGUAUCUGAGGGAGAGGGAAAGGUUGUUUGGCCAGGGGAGCACGGUGGCGGCGGGGGGCACGAAGGGGGAGGGGGAGGGGGUUGUUGGCGGGAGGGAGGAUCAGGAGGGAAAGGAUAGGAAGCAGGAGGUGCUGGUUUUGGAUGGGGGAUUUGUGGAGUGGCAGGCCAAGUACGGUAACGAUGAACGCUUGACCGAGAAUUAUAAUAAAGAGCUUUGGGAGGCGGAGCAUUAAAUUAUUAUUUUUUUACUUGUAGAGGUUGAAGCAUUGUACGAGCGCG